AUGAAGAAGAAAGACGGGGUCUUCCUCAUGGACGCCCCACUUAUGCCUUCUGGUCUGUUCGGCGGCGCCAUCAAUUCCGUCAUCGACAGAUACCAGGAGAUUCGUAAACAGGCGGCGGCGUUCCAGUGGUUUCUUCCUCGCUGUUCUCUAGCUCUGGGGGCUGCUGGGCGGGAGCAGCCCUGGCCAUGCACCAGCUCCUCAUACAGGGAGGUUCAAAAGAAGUUCCUGAGGGAGCCUGACCAACAGAAGCUUAACUGCACAGAGCUACAUCCACAGAGCUGCCCUGUGGAGAAGGCGGACCAACUGUUUGUAUGCUAUGGUCCCCAUAAUAGGGGUCUCCCUACUAUGAAGCAGACCCUCAGUCGGUGGAUAGUUGAUGCCAGUACUAUUGCCUACGAGUCCUCUGAUCUCCCCUCUCCUUUGGGGAUCAAGGUUCAUUCGACCCGAGGUAUGGCUGCCUCCAAGGCCUUCUUAGCAGAGAGCCUGUACAGGCUGCGGCACCCUCGAUGCACGCCACAGAGCAGUGUGGAUGGAUUGGAAGACAUGGUGAGGAAGUGCAGGACACAAUUGCUCAUCCUGGUGAUUCAUGGAGGUCAUAUCUUGGAUUCCGGAGGUGGCGACCCUGGAGGAAAGGCAGGUGAUGCUGCCACUCUGGCGUCCGUGUUGGAGCGUGUGGCGCGGGCGCACUUCCAGGCAGCAGCAGACAGCAUGCUGGUCAGACUGGUGCCCUGCCCGCCCGUGUGUGCUGAUGCCUUCUCUUUGGUCUCAAAUUUGAAUCCAUACAGCUAUGAUGAAACCUGCGUGUCCAGCAGUGUGGAUCAUUUGCCACUGGCUUCCCUUCCCAUUCUGGCCAUCGCUGCCCCUCAUUACCAGAAUGCUGUAGCAGCGGUCGUUGCUCAGGCCAAUCAAGUUUACAAAAACUUCCUUCAGUCAACAGAAGGUGUGGGCUUCACAGGACAGGUGUGCCUGGUGGCAGAUUCUGUUGGUGGGGUUCUUUGUUUUGACGCCUUGUGUUUCAGUGCUGACAAGCAACACAAAAGUCCUGAGGGUGGCAGCAUGAACAACAGUACAGAGAGUCUGAAGGAAAAGCCAGGUGUGGUGAGAUUUCUGAGCCCCACUCUCCGAGGCAGCAAGCGCCUGAGUAAGAGCAACAUUGAUGUGUCAAUCCCAUGUGAUGCACUGUCUGGAGACCGCCAUCCACUCACCCGUAUGCAAAGUGACUUGUGUGAUGCAGAUGUGGCCAGUGGUCAGCGUGAGAUCUUUAUCGGCAGUCUGUUGCAGGAUGACCAGUGUGGCUCCAGACAGGCUCUCAAUCCAGGCUGCUUCGAGUUUGAAGUGUCAGACUGCUUUCUGCUGGGAUGCCCACUGGGGCUGGUGCUAGCGAUGAGGAGAACUGUUUUACCUGUCAUUGAUGUGGCUCAGCUUCAGCCAGCUUGUUCUCAGAUUUUUAAUCUGUUCUACCCAUCGGACCCUUCUGCCUCACGACUGGAACCUUUACUGCAUCCUAUUUUCACCCAACUGCCCCCCUUUCCUGUUCCCCGUUACCAGCGGUACCCUCUGGGUGAUGGGCGCUCCAAUCUCAUGGUGGACACCGUGCUCAGACACUUCUUAGAUAGCAGUGUUUCUGUAGAUGGACCCCCAGAGCAGUGCUGUGGAGGAAGUGUGUCUCGCAGGGGCAGCGAUCGAGUUGUUCCACUUGGCCCUGCCCACUCUGGCACUGAUGCUGAGGGGUCUGAAACUGCCCCUAGCGAGCCUGUUAGCAUCUCACACAUAUGUAGCAGGUGGUGGGGGUUGAAGCGGUUAGAUUAUGUGCUGUACAGUCCAGAUGUGCUCACCACAUUUCCCACUAUAGCACUACCUCACCUUUUCCACGCAUCAUACUGGAAGUCCACGGAUGCUGUGGCUUUUAUUCUUAGACAGGUAAUGCAAUGCGACUGUCUGAAGGGUGGGGAAGGUGAUUGUUCAGACGCUAUUCCCAUCUCUCCAUCCAGCCCCCGAGAGAAAUGGCUUCGCAGACGGACACAGGUCAAACUACGGAAUGUAACGGCGAAUCACAGAGUUCAUGAUGUCAUUGUGACAGAAGAUGGCCCGCAGACACUGGUGGGGCGGUUUAUGUAUGGCCCUCUUGACAUGGUGACCCUAACGGGAGAGAAGGUGGAUGUGUUUUUAAAGACACAGCCUGCCUCUGGCCGUUGGGUGCUGUUCGACACUGUGGUGACCAGCAGCAGUGGACGGGUGUCCUACACCAUGCCUGAUAAUAAAAGACUCGGAGUGGGUGUCUACCCCAUUAAAAUGGUGGUCAAAGGUGAUCAGACAAGUGCAGAGGCAUUCCUCACAGUGUUGCCACGGGGAAUGGAGUGUGUGGUGUUUAGUAUUGAUGGCUCUUUUGCUGCCAGUGUCUCCCUUAUGGGCAAUGAUCCCAAAGUCCGCCCUGGAGCUGUGGAUGUGGUCAGACACUGGCAGGAUCUUGGGUAUCUGAUCAUCUACAUUACUGGCCGUCCUGACAUGCAGAAGCAGAGGGUGGUGUCUUGGCUCUCUCAGCACAACUUCCCUCAGGGCAUGGUCUUCUUCGCAGAAGGACUCGUCCAUGACCCCUUGCGUCAGAAAACAAUUUUUCUGAAGAGUCUAGUAAAAGAGUGUCACAUUAAUAUCAGUGCAGCGUAUGGAUCUAUGAAGGACAUGUCUGUGUACAGCACAUUGGGACUGGCACUUAAUCAGAUAUACAUUGUAGGCAGGCCAUCCAAGAAACAUCAGCAUCAGUGCCAGUUUCUGAGUGAAGGCUAUGCAGCUCACCUCUCCAUUCUUGAGUUUGAGCAUGGCUCACGCUCCAAAAAAAACCGAAUGGUGCUUCGUCAGGGAUCUUUUGGCCUUUCCUCCAAAACAGACUUCCUAUCUCCAUCCCCGGACUUCCUAUCCUGCAAGCGCACUCCGCUGCUGCGUCGAGCCAUGUCUGUUCAGCAGCCAUCACCGCCUUCAUCAUCUGUCUCCACCCCCAAACCUGAGCGUGCUCAGAGCCAGCCUGAAUCUCAUAAAGAUGGACCAGAGAUUCGCAUCCAGACCGAUGAUCAAGAUGAAGAGGAGGAAGAGGAGGGGAGAAUACAGGAUGUUGUACUGUAAAGGAACUCCAUGAGUUGUAGG